UUCAAUUGGCAAAAAUGCCAGACCGGAAGGAUUCCGCUGUUGUAGGUGAAAAGCGAAUUGAACAAGAAUUGGUUGAACAAGAACGUCCUUUUUAUAUUAGUGCUCUAGCUGCUUUUAUGAAAGUUUUCUUUAUUUUUUAUGACGCUCUAGUUUUUGUUCCGUUCAAAAUUUUUGCUGACCCGGAAAAGAAAGUGGAACGUUCUCGUGAACUCAAGGCCCGUCCUGUUGAUGAAAACGAUCCAGGCUCUCCUUGGCGACAUGUUGAUACUAUUGAUGGCCCGUUAUAUUCUGAACUUUUUGAAGGAUGCAAUACUUUGGGAAAAAUUUGGGAUGAAGCUGCAAAACUUCAUGAUGGACUUACUUGUAUGGGAACUAGAACCGUUGUAGAAGUUUCGCAGGAACGUCAGGCGGAUGGUCGCACUUUUCAGAAAUUAAUUCUUGGGGAAUAUGAAUGGGUAAAUUAUGAAGAUGUUGAUAAUAUGAUUACUAAUGUAACGAGAGGUCUUUCUAUAAUUGGUGUAAAAAAGGGGCAACAUGUUGUAAUCUACUCUGAGACGCGUAUGGAAUGGCUUGUUUCUGCUAUUGCUUGUUUUAAAUCUGGAUUACCAAUUGUAACUGUCUACCCAACUCUUGGUGAAGAAGCAAUUGCAUAUGCUAUGGGUGAAUGUGAUGGUGUUGCUGUAUUUACUUCUCGUGCUUUAUUACCAAAAGUCUUAACUUCCAUCAAAAAAUGUCCAAAUAUCAAAAAAAUUAUUUAUUUCUCUGAAAUGCAUACAAUGCGUGAAACAGCAGAUGAAGCUUCUGAAGAAAUUAAAAAAGCGUUUAAAGAUGAUGGACGUGAUUUGUAUUCUUUUCAAUCUCUUCAAGAUAUUGGGAAUGAUUUUCAACAGUUUUCCGAAUGGUAUGUAAAUCCGGACGAUUUGGCAAUGAUAAUGUAUACUAGUGGUACUACUGGAAAUCCUAAAGGCGUUCUUCUUUCACAUCGUAAUAUAAUUUCUGCACUUUCUGGACAAAGUGUUGUUAUCCCUGUUGACAAUAAAGAUACUUAUAUUGGCUAUCUUCCUUUGGCACAUAUCCUUGAAGUUUGCGCUGAGCUUGUUUGUUUAGCAAAAGGAUGUCGUAUUGGUUAUUCUUCUCCAACAACUUUAUAUGAUCGGGCAAUGAAAAUUAAAAAGGGUUCGAAAGGAGAUUGUGGUGAAUUAAAACCAACAUUAAUUGCUUGUGUUCCUGCAAUUAUGGAUCGUAUUUUUAAAGCAGUUUCUGAUGAUGUGAAAGAACGUUCGCCUAUCCAGCGUGAAUUGUUUCGUAUUUGUUAUGAGAGAAAACGUAAUAGAUAUGAGGAAGGAUAUACAAGUUUGGUUAUGAAUAGACUUGCUUUUGACCGUAUUCGAAAAAUUCUUGGUGGAAAUUUGCGUUUUGUCCUUUCUGGCGGUGCACCUCUUAAUGCUGAAACUCAACGAUUUAUGAAUAUUUGUUUUUGUUGUCCAGUUGUUCAAGGCUAUGGUUUGACAGAAACUUGUGGCGGUGCUUCUUUGGCUGAUGAGCAUGAUUUGAGUACUGGUUCUGUUGGCCCACCGCUUCGAUGUUGCGAGAUUAUGCUUAGGGAUUGGAAAGAAGCUGGUUAUUCACCUUACAAUAAACCUCCACAAGGUGAAAUUUUAAUUCAUGGUGACAAUGUUGCGAAGGGUUAUUAUAAAAUGGAAAGGACUGAGGACUUUAUUGAAUUAAAAGGAAAGAGAUGGUUUGCAACUGGUGAUAUUGGAGAAUUUCGUGAAGAUGGUUCUCUUUGUAUAAUUGAUCGCAAAAAAGAUUUAAUUAAACUUGCUCAUGGAGAAUAUAUUUCUUUGGGAAGAGUGGAGACUUCGCUCCUUACAAAUCAACAUAUUGACAACAUUUGUGUUUAUGGAAAUUCCCAUUAUGAUUAUUUAAUUGCUUUGGUUGUUCCAAAUCAGAAAAAUCUUGAAGCGUUGGCAGAAAAUAGUGGAAUUGAUGGGAUGCCUUUUGAUAAGUUAUGUGAGAGUAAGGAAUUGUGCAUUAUUUUGCAGAAAGAAUUGCAGGACUUUGUUAAAGACAAACUCCGACGUGAUGAAAUCCCCAAAAAAAUUUAUAUUUGCAAAGAGCCCUGGACCCCAGCAUCUGGUUUGCUCACAGAGGCAUUUAAACUUAAACGGAAGAAUAUCGAAAAAGAAUUCGAGCAGCAAAUUAAAAUGCUUUAUGGUGAUAAAAGUGGAGUCUCAAAGGGUUAG